GUGAAACAAAGCAGACCGAUUGGAAUUGGACUUGGGAGGAGAGGCGCGGAGUCAGGCAGAAAACUUGUUGGAGGGGAGUUAAGAGUCGCUGCCUCUCCUCCACUGCGCUGCGCUGAAGGGGUUCCCACCGGCCUUGCGAUUUAUUUUUUUAUCUGCUUUUUAUAUAGAGAAGUAUAUAUAUAUAUAUUUUCUUCUAAAGAGAAAAUUCCUGUUCCAAGAGAAAAUAAGGCAACAUCAAUGAAGGAGAGAAGAGCCAGCCAGAAAUUAUCCAGUAAAUCUAUCAUGGAUCCUAAUCAGAACGUGAAAUGCAAGAUAGUAGUAGUGGGCGACAGCCAGUGUGGGAAAACAGCGCUGCUUCACGUCUUCGCAAAGGACUGCUUCCCCGAAAAUUACGUCCCUACGGUGUUCGAGAAUUACACUGCCAGUUUUGAAAUCGACACACAAAGAAUAGAGUUGAGCCUGUGGGACACUUCAGGUUCUCCGUACUAUGACAACGUCCGUCCCCUCUCUUACCCGGAUUCUGAUGCUGUGCUCAUUUGCUUCGACAUCAGUAGACCAGAGACCCUGGACAGUGUCUUAAAAAAGUGGAAAGGUGAAAUCCAGGAGUUCUGUCCCAAUACCAAGAUGCUUUUGGUUGGUUGUAAGUCUGAUCUACGGACAGAUGUCAGUACAUUAGUGGAGCUCUCAAAUCACAGGCAGACCCCUGUGUCAUAUGAUCAGGGGGCAAAUAUGGCCAAGCAGAUCGGAGCAGCCACUUACAUCGAGUGCUCAGCUUUACAGUCAGAAAACAGCGUCAGAGACAUUUUUCACGUCGCCACCUUGGCGUGUGUAAAUAAGACAAAUAAAAACGUUAAGCGGAACAAAUCACAGAGGGCCACAAAGCGGAUCUCACACAUGCCUAGCAGACCAGAACUCUCAGCCGUCGCUACGGACUUGCGAAAGGACAAAGCGAAGAGCUGCACGGUGAUGUGAAGCUUCUCUGUCUUCAACGAGGAUGCGGGAAUCUAGUGUAAAAAAAUAAAAAGAGAGAAUAAAAAACAAGAGCGGAAGGAAAUGAUGGAGUCAAAUGGAAGUGCGCAGCCAAAGUCACAUGGACACAGGCCUGGGAGGCCCUUGAACGGAUACCCAGUUCUUGGAAUCCUGUCCUUAGGUUGGGCAUGUAGACCGAAUGGUGAGAAGUGAAUCCAUGGAAGAGUUUGGAAGUGUGACUUGAAAAAUAUGCCAAAAACAAAGGGAGCUAUAAAUGGGCUAUAGAGCUAGAGUACGAGGAACGCCAGUCCCUCCAAGAAGAACAUCCAUGCUCUGAGUGGUGCUUGCCUAUUUUCGGUUUUGUUUUUGUGUUCUUGUUACAACCUAUUCAUGGAUCUCUACUUUGAUUUAAUUUUUCGAUAUUUUAAUCUCAUUUUCAAAAAAAGUAUAUAUUAGUAUACCGUCCUCGUCGGGGAACUCGCACUGUGACCUUAGUGUUUAGUUUUCUAGGGGAUGUGAUCUAAUUUCCUCCUAGCUCAUCAUUAAAAUGGAAAUUGUAUCGGGACCCGUGGGAUUUGAGAGGGAAACUUCACGAGGCUUUGAAAUCUUGACUUCCUGAAGGUCGCUGCCGAGCGAGAUGGUGUGAAAGCGAGGCUUCUGCGGCCUUGCCAGAUGCGUAGACCAGCACUGCCGAGAUUGCAUAGAUCAAAUAGAAGAGUGUUGUUUUAUAUUCUGUCUGAUGCUUUCGUUCAUCCUUGUGAUUGUCAUUAACAAGUGGUAAAUUGCUCAGUGUAAUACUUUGUGCGCUGUUUAGAGAAGAGAGUGUGUGGUUUUGUUUUUUCCUUUGGCCAUCAUUGAUAAAAACUCGAAGUCAAUAAAAAGUGUCUUGGUUUGA